GUUCGUGCUGUCAGACAGGAGCCUGGCCGCGGGAAGAUGGUGUUACCGGGGCUGCUGCUGCUGGAGCUGGCUCUGUACGCCAGCUGCUUCAUCUGUGGGAUUGUCACCGCCGCCUCCAUCACCAUAGUCCAGGGUAAUUUUGGAGGUCGGUGCAUGCUUUAUGGACUUGUGAACUACAAUGCCACAGCGAGCCUGAUCGGGGUGCAGUCAUCCAGCUCCCCCUCUCUGUGCUACUUUGUGUCGGCGAUAUCAGUCCUGGUGGCAGUGAUGUGCUUCUCUCUGUCUCUGUACUGGGUCUACACUCUGUGCAUCGACAGGGAAAUCAGGAGGGAUCGCCUUUGGAUGAACCUGACGUUAGCUGUUAGCGGCGUCUUCCUCUUCUUCCUGCUCAUCUCGGGCUGCAUGCUGAAGAUCGGGCGCGACUCUCUCUGCAACUCUGUCAUCCAGAACGUUCACAACAUCACCAGUUGUGAAGAGGCCCAGGAUAGGAAUUGGGUCAGUCCGCUUAAAGGGGAAAGGUUCUACAGCAGUCUCCAUAAAGCCGAGACGGCGGUGUGGGUGAACUUCUUCUUCUGGAUCACCAUCGGGGCUCUGGUGGUCCUGCAGAGGCGUCAGGGCUCCGUGUCCAAGAUCAUUGCAGGGGGGUUCAGCGGCUACGGGGGCCCGGCCGGGGGGCUGUUUGGAGACGCGGGGGUGACAGCUGCUGAGACAGAGCCUUUCUUUAACAAUCCUGCAAGACCGCAGUGAGGACGGUCUCACAGAUGACUUACAAAACACCUAUAUUAUUUCAGCAUGAUUCCGUGGGAAAGGGUAAAUACAUUUAUUGUGCAUGACUUUACUUUCAGCUACAUCAGUGAACAGAUUUGUGAGAUGACAUAGAACACAUUAUUUUGUAUAUGUCGCAUUAGGCAUAUUUAAAUAUAUGUACAAUAGAAAUGGGGAUCGGCAGGCUGACCACAUAGUCCAAAGAUAUUUAUAUUUACCUGUUUCCCACAUUUAAUCACACACGUCAAUAGAGUAGUCUGGCCUGGAUCACUCAGAAAUGUGGAAUUGUUGUAUUUUGUUUACAUAACAAGAACUGUAAUUUCAUCAGUGUUCUGAUUUUGAUAGUUGUUGAUGUGACUGGCAGAUUUGUAAGACAUUUUUAGCUACCUGGCCAAUUUCUUUUUAAUAGUUUUCAAAGCGUUUUUGGAACACGCCUUGUCGGCUCGGCGUUCCGCCCCUUUAUUUGUGCAGUUUCUGCUCAUUGGCCAACAUUUCUGUAGGGGUCACUGGGAUGAAGAAUUGUUUCACUGUGUGUGGAAGUUUCUAGGUGUUGAACUUGAAACGUCCACACACAGCAAAACAAUUCCCCAAUCUAAAACAAUUUCCCAAUUUGGGAUCGUUAACGUUUAUCUAAUCUAAUCGAAAUAAUAAGAAAAUGGAAAAUCAAGGGGGCUGCAGAAUCGUCUUCAAACUUCUAGUGUGCCUUUAACAACAGUUUUUUUUUUUUACCUUUUUGAAAAGUUUGCAUAGUGACUUUCUGUCAUGUGCGCACCCUUUUUUAGUCUAUAGGUUGUCUUUUUUAUUUAUUAUGAAUUAUUUCAUUUCGCAUUGGAGUGUAUUCAGUUGUCUUAAAAUGUUGUGUCAUAAGAUCUGGGAGGGUUUGGUCUCACUCUGAACGGCUUAAAGAAACACUUGCUGCAGCUUGAAAAAAUGGGCACAAAAUGAUGUUACAAAUAAUGUUUUACAAUGUGUUACAUAUCUGCUCUAAUAUCUAGUGUAGGUUCACUCACAGGUGUUGAUCAAACUUCCGGUCUGUCCGGUGUUUGGGAUAUUGCACCUUAAAAGGCUGUUUUGUACUGAUUGACACACAUUAAACCAAAGACUUAAAAUGCAA